GAAUAGUAAUAAGAACGACUGAUAAGAAAGGUGGAGAAAUCCCAACUUUUCAUUCCCUGUUUUAAAACAAUUAAGUGGAUUACGAGUACGAAACUUCAAGCGAGAUGAGCGGGACCGGUUGCUUGUACCCAAAGUAACCCUACCUAUUAUGUUCACCGGGGCGGGCCUUCGCCGCUAAAUGCAAGGCUAACAGAAACGUAUGUGCGAGUGGCUAAUUGGAAAUCUUCAGAUUUUCAUUCAUGAAAACUUUCUGAGCGAGACCUUUUCGCAAUAUGGAUGCAGGAACCACAAGAGCAACAUCUGAGGCACUCUUCUCCUUUGGAAUCAUAGCAGAUAUUCAGUAUGCUGAUAUAGAGGAUGGCUAUGAUUUCCUUGGAAUCCAUAGGAGAUACUAUAAGCACAGCCUAUGCUGCCUCCAGAAUGCAAUUGAAGAUUGGAAUGGAACUGGGGUUCAGUUUGUAAUACAGCUCGGGGACAUCAUUGAUGGCUUCAAUGCCCAACAUAAGACAUCAGAGAAAGCACUACAAGAAGUUAUGAAGGAAUUUAAGAAGCUCAGUGCACCAGUUCAUCACAUAUGGGGCAAUCAUGAGUUGUAUAAUUUCAGCCGGAACUACCUGAUGCAAUCUGAACUGAAUACCAAAUACUUAGAAGACCAAACUUUGCUUAAUAAUUCUACCAGAGACCAGAGUUCUACAGGAAACCCAACUACAGAAUUCUAUUAUGCUUACCAAUUUUCUCCAAUGCCUAAAUUUCGAUUCAUUCUUCUUGAUGCAUAUGACUUAAGUAUUCUGGGGAGGGAAACAUCAACAAAAAAAUAUAAAGAAUCUCUACAGCUGCUACAAGAAAAAAAUCAGAAUGAAAAUCUGAAUAGUCCAAUAGGGCUUGUUGAAUGCAAUUUUGUACAGUUCAAUGGUGGAUUCAGUCAAGACCAGCUGGACUGGGUUGACAAAGUUCUUACAUAUGCUGAUGAGAAUCAAGAGAGAGUUGUGAUUGCAGGACACAUACCUAUCAACCCAGACUGUACAAGCAGUAUCUGCCUUGCUUGGAAUUAUAAAGCUGCCCUUUCUGUCAUUUCCUCACAUCACUCGGUGGUGUGUUUUCUUGCAGGCCAUCUCCAUUAUGGUGGUUACUGCCUAGAUUCUCAUGGAGUCCAUCACCUUACCCUUGAAGGAAUUAUAGAAACUCCUCCAGAAAGUAAUGCUUUUGGAACUAUAUAUGUCUAUAAUGACAGACUGGUCCUAAAGGGAAAAGGAAGAGUUCCAGAUAGGGAGAUGCAUUUCAAAGAUCAUCGAUACCCUUCUCCAUUUUAAAUAUAAUUGUAUUGGCCUGGGUUAGAAAUUGAUAUUUUUCAACUGUUUUUAAUUAAAACUCAGUUUUAAUAUUUAAUAUUGAACACUGAAUUAAGAAAGUUACAAAAGGUGUCAUAUGAAUUUUUAAACAACAAAAAAAAUAGUCCUGGUAAAUUGAAUUUAUUUCAUACUAUAUUGUAAUAACUAUUUGCCAAAAGUUCAUUCUUAUGUGUUUCCUAUUUGGAUAAUUACACUUUCAACUUUGUCUGACAUGAAAAUUGAAUGGAAGCUCUGUUUGCUGAUAUGAAGCCUGGGAAAAUAAUACAUUGGAUUGACAUCUGUAAUCUUGGAAUAAAAUAACAUUCUGUUUAAAACACUCCCUACCAUUGUGCUUCUCCCUUUUGGUCCCUUUGAAAUACCACCACUUUCACUGAAGAAUAAAUUCCUGGCUGAGAGUUCUAGUGGUAAUUCUUCAUAGUUUUUCCUCUAGAUAGAAUUCAAACAAUACUGAAGUAUGAAUAUCAGAAAUAAAUAACCUCCUGCCAAAGGAUGAAUGGAGAAUGAGACAGUGUCUAACUCCUUACACACCCUGUUCAAUUAAAAAUGAGUGGUAAUGUCUUCUACAUCCAAUUAGAUGGAAGGAUUUAUUAACUAAAACACAACAAGUAGUAACAAUGGAAGUUCUUGCUAUCAUAUUUCAGUAUUUGGAUCACCAUAUCUGAGCUGCAAAAACCCAGAGAAUACUGGAUGGCAGCAAACAGAGUUUUUCUAUGUCUGUUGCAAUCUAGUGGUUGUCCAGAUAUGUGUAGCCCAGAUAUGGUUGCCCUCUUCAAAAUACUUAAGCUUUAAGUUAAAUCAGCUUCUGUGAACAAUAAUUUACAGAGAAAUGAGCUUAGUACUACAUCAAGCAUUCACUUCUCCAAAUUUUAAUUUAUGACUUAUUAAAUGGAGUAUGUCAUUCUUUUAUAGAUUAAGAAUUGUAUGUUAAUCAUCUGAAUAGUGCAGAUCUAUGUAGAGAAGUUAUGGAUGGUUUAUGGAUGGAGUUUCAAAGACAUCGGAUACAUCCCUAUCAAAUUACUAAUAUAUUUAUUUACAUUCCAUAAAUAUAUACAACAUACUGUUCUUCUAAUGGUGUGGUCUGGCUUCAGUCCUAUAACUUCAGCAUGAAGCUCAAACUAACUUUAGGCACCUCCCACAAAAGCACUUUCAUUUUAUUCAGUCCAACCCCUUGCAUGUAUCAAGAGCACACAAUUAAUACAAUGGAAAUCAUGAACCAGCUAGGAUUAAUGCAGUU